GCGAAGGAAAAUGAAAACGGCCAUGUCGUGGUAGAAGCCAGUUCAGAAGCGAGAGAGUCUGAGCCACGGUGAAACUUGCAAACCAUCUGAUGUGGACUUGAAACUAAAGCUCUGAAAAUAACACAUCUGAUCGCUCGUUUGACAGAAAGCAGAUUUAGUGGACGUAAGUUCGUUGUUAAAACCAGAGGACAACAUGAGCGGAGGAGGGACACCGUACAUUGGCAGCAAAAUUAGCCUCAUCUCAAAGGCCGAGAUUCGCUAUGAAGGAAUUUUAUACACUAUUGACACUGAAAACUCGACAGUAGCUCUUGCUAAAGUUCGCUCUUUCGGCACUGAAGAUCGGCCCACUGACAGGCCUAUUCCACCUCGGGAUGAAGUGUUUGAGUACAUCAUCUUCCGAGGAAGUGAUAUAAAAGACCUAACAGUUUGUGAGCCACCCAAAGCCACUAGCAGCCUGCCUCAGGACCCUGCCAUUGUUCAAUCAUCAAUUGGAUCCAGCAAUGCUGCAGCAGCAUCAUCAUUCCAGUCUGCUGGGUCCUAUGCUCCAUUCAGCAGGGCCCCUGUCCCACCUUACAGCCAGUUUGGUGUUACACCCCUUGCAGCUCAGCAGUUUGGAUCAGCUGGAGCAGGAGGACGCACGAGUCCUAAGCUGGACUCUUUGAAAAAAAGUCCCACGCUGGAGCAGGCAGCACAGGCCCCACCAUCAGCUGCCACAGCUCCACCUGCACCUGUUGGACAGAGGAGUCAGACGGGGGCAGCAGUUCCCAGACCGACCAGUACCACCACUGGCAGCCAGAAGCCCCCAGAUCUCCUUGAGCAGAGAAAAGUUCCUGAGGUUCAGAAAGUGUCACAGCCAGAUAAUGAACAAGGUGCUGUUGAAAACCGGGAUCCCAACAAGCGUCAAGCUGCUGGUGCUCAGGCCAUCCGCCGCGGCCGUGGAAGAGGAAACCGCAGCAGAGGCAAAAUGAAUAUGCGCAGGGAUGGCACCAUGAAGUUUGAAGAAGACUUUGAUUUUGAGACUGCCAACGCCCAGUUUCACAAAGAUGAGAUUGACAAAGAGCUGCAGAAUAAGCUUAAACUGAAAGAUGACAAGACUGAAAAGGCGCUGAAUGGAGAGGAAACUGUUGUCUCAGAACAUCCGGCCAAUGAGGGGACCACCGAGGAGGAGGAGGCUGUGAUAAACACAUGCUACUAUGACAAGUCCAAAUCCUUCUUUGAUAACCUGUCCUGUGAUGAUUUGAGUAAAGCGGGUGAAAGAGGAUUUUCAAGGGAUCGAAGGCCAACCUGGGCAGAGGAGAGACGAAUGAACGCAGAGACGUUCGGCAUUCCCCUGAGGCACAAUCGAGGAAGAGGGGGUUUCCGUGGCCGAGGCUUCAUGGGGCCCCGUGGAGGCCGUGGAAGACCGGUUAGCAGAGGUUCCUUUGGGCCACCACGGGGUCCUCCACCUGGUUUCAGAGGCGGAUUCAGAGGUGGCAGAGGCAGCCGGGAUUUCUCUGAUUUUGAAUACAGGAAGGAUAACAAGGUGGCUGCAUAGUACAGCAGCGAUGGAUCCACAAAGAAUUAUAGCCCCUCCUCAUGAAAUUAUUCCAGCUCAAGAAAUUUUCUUUGGUCUCUACAUUUGACAGAAAGAAUGAAGACAUCCUCUCAGUCACCAGCAGCAGGGUUGACUGUUUGACAUCAGGGUGUGAGAGUACAGAAGUUUAGUUUGAUAAACAGUCACCAGACGGACAAGAUGAUGUGUAAAUACCUUGCUUUGGAGUAACUCUGUAUUUUUGCAUCAAUCAAGUUCAUUUCUUACAGAAGUCGUAUUUGAUAUUGAAAGCUGUAUGCAGAAAUCCCAGUGAUACUGUGAGCGGAUCACGGUUCAUGUGAUCAAUAGCUUUAUUUUUUACUUUAUUUCAGUUUUUGAUAUAAUAUUUGUUGGCACCAAACUUCCUUUCAUUGCCUGUUGCACCGUAUUUCUCUCUGCUCAGACUUAGAUUGGUUGCCAUGUGUUCAGUAUUUUUACCCAGUUUUUUUUUUUCCUUUUUGACAUCCAUUCAUUCUCAAAGAAGUCGUGAGGUCAAAGCCAGCUGAAAAACAGAAUCUAAACUGAAUAUCGUAAUGAAUGAAUGUAUAUCUAGCUCAUCUUCCACUUAGUGCCCUCCAGCAAAUCAUUGCUCGACAGACUCACUUUAGUUUUUAGAAAUGUGUUUCAGUAGUUACAAUCAUUAGCUCAUACUUUGACCCCUUAAACCUCCCACAUCAGCUGAAUUGUGUUUCUGCUUUAGGUUUGUAGCUGGACUUCUGCAGGCCUGGUGUAAUGAUGGCAGCCUAAUGCAUUCAACCAAUAGGAGCCAGUCAUUUGAUUGACAGAGGGUGGUUUACAGCAUUAGCUUUAGAAGUAUUUGUUAACUGUAGAUUUUUUUUUAGCGGGUCUGUUAUAUAGUUGACUAAAGAAAGAGCAUUCCCAUGAUUUGUGUCAGUGAAAGAGAAUCAUCCAUUGCUAUUGACGCCUUUUUAGAAGUUGUUAGGAAAGGAAAGCCUUGAGUUUAUUAUUCAAAACCUGCAGUUAGAUUGACUUUGAACAAGUUAGAUUUGGAUAAGAAAUGCUCCGCUAUUUUGCCAAAAAGAAUAUGUGAGAGAUUGGUACAGCUAAAAAUAAUUGUCAGCCUAUAGGUACAUGUUUUCUUCAUUUAGUACCUCUUAAAUCUACCUUUCUAUGUCCAAAACAUACUGAGCCAUCUGUUAAAGCAUGUUCCUUUUGUUUUCAGCAUCCUUUGAUUUGUCUUGCAGUUGUGUCAUCAACAUUGUUUUUGUCUCUAGAGUCAACCGCUUUUCACUGCAAAACUCAGUACACUUGCAGUGUUGUGAGGAUUGUUUACUGAAAUUGGGAAAUCUUGUAAAUGGAUUGAAUGAUGUCUCAAAGUGUAUGUUCAAUACAGACGGCAGCAUUUCUGAUAGAUAUCAGCCCUCUGGCUUGUUUGUAGCUCCUCUUGGUGCAUUAUUGUCAAUGUGAUUGUUCUCUGGAGUGAAUUUUAUGUGUUGUUUUUUUUUUUUUUUUUUUUACUGACGUGUGAACAAAGGGACAAGAACUGGAUGUGGUGCCAGUGUGUUGGGGGGAGGUGGGACAUUUUUUCUUUUUGGCUCUGAUUUGUUAGUACUUUAGGGAGUGCCUUCAGAGUGGUCAGUUUUUUUACAGCUCUCCCUUUAACUUAAAGAUUACCUUUUGACAAAAGUAUUGAUAGCACUACAGGGUGAAAGUAGAUCCUUCUCUAAAGCUGUGGUUGUUUUAAAACAAAGCAGCCCAGUUGAAUAUGUGCUGUUUAACUGGAUAUUGCACAGACUGCUGAUCACUGCAUGAUAGCCGUAGGAACCAUCACUUUAUAUGGGCUUUCGCAAUAACCAGCGAGAUUGGAUUUGAGACAAAAAGUAUUACUGAGCAAUUCAAAACUGACAUGUUUUCAUAUGUUUGUUACUCCUUCCAGUCACUGGAAUUGUAAACCAGGAAUUGUUUUCUUGAGAAUAUCAGCAAAAUUGAGUUUUUACGUCAAAUAAAGAAUUGUACAAUA